CUUCACAACCUCUCCAGCGUCGCGUUCCAGGCUCGCCAGCUGCUUCUGGCCUUCAUCACCGACCAACCUAACAAUACCUCAUCCUUACAACUCUCAUCGCCCUGGGCGUCACCCUCCUCCGUCCUGGUGCGGCCAGCUGUGACAAUGACGGACGACCCAGAAGCAGCAGCGCUGCUUGGCGGCUCAGAACGGCCGCCAUCAACACAGUCACGCAACUCGGACGAAUCCCACGAAAAUACGCCUUUAUUAUCGCGAACAGACAGUGCUCCUCGAUACAAUUCUACAGAAGAUGAGGACGAGGAUGAGCGGCGCAGAAUACCUUCUCCAGCGGCCACAUCAUUACGAUCAAUACAGAAUGGUCAAGGCUCGUCAAUUAAACCUACGAAAGGCGACCGACGAUGGCCAACUUUCAUUGCGGUUGGUGUGCUUGGACUUGUCAUGCUAUCAAUCAUCGCGGGUGGAUUCUUUGCACCGGCGGCCAUCGAGGAGUAUGCCAAACAGUCCCUUGUCGUCGAACCAACAAAGCUAUCAAUACAUAACUUUACCUCUACCGGGGUCACAGCGAGAGUACAGGCAGUUUUCCGGAUGGAUGCGUCGAGGGUCAAGAACAAUGCUGUGCGGAAUAUUGGACGUUUUGGUACCUGGGUCGCUCGUGAGGUGGAGACCAAGCCAUCAACAAUCCAGGUCUACCUGCCGGAAUACGGGAAUGUCUUGAUUGGCACGGCAGCUGUGCCACGAAUUGCUGUCGACAUACGGAAUGGACAUAACAAUGCCAUUGAUUUUCUUACGGCAUUGGAGCCUGGGGAUAUGGAAGACAUUCGACGAGUGGCUAAUGACUGGCUCGAAGGCCGUCUUGAUAAAGUCCGAAUCACGGGGAAAGCUAGUGUGGACCUGAAGUCGGGACUGCUUUCCCUUGGGUCUCAAGAAUUCUCAGAAUCACUCACUUUUGAAGGCAACGAUAUACCAUCAAUUCCUAACUAUAAUAUUACACGGAUGAACUUCCGAGAGGUCCCUGUUUCACCGCCUGCCCAUCGUGGCAUGGCUGCAGAUGUGUCCCUGACAGUGUCGAACAGCUAUCCCAUCAGACUGACAAUCCCACCCCUCAGCUUCGACAUUCUGGUUCCGAAUUGCGGGACGGAUGAACCACACAUUCGUCUUGCCGAUGCCACAACAGAUAUCAUAAAUAUCGAACCUUACUCGGACGUUAUAGUUGGCGUUGGAGGUAUUGUCCAGGAAAUACCCAAGUCUUUACUCCAGACCUGUCCAAACUCCCACUCCUCACCUCUAGAUCUGUUGCUUGGUGAUUACAUCCACGGCAAUGCCACGACUAUCUACGUACGCGGCUCAAGCAUGCCGUCUCCAGAUACCCCUGAAUGGAUUGCAGCAAUUAUGGCCAGUGUCACAGUGCCAGUUCCAUUUCCGGGACGGACAUUUAACAACCUCAUCAAGAAUUUCUCACUGACCGAUGCGCAUUUCAGCCUGCCUAGUCCAUUAGCAGACCCUGAAGAUUCCAAUCCCAAAAUAUCAGGCAACAUCGUUGUGAUAGCUGCAGUGCCAAAGGAAAUGAAUUUUGACCUUAAAGUUACUAGAGUACGUGCCACUGCCAAUGUUUUCUACAAAGAGCAGCAACUUGGAGUCCUCAAUCUCAAAAAGUGGCAACCAGCCGAAUCGGAACGACUAGAGUCGAAGGAAGGGGGAAACGCGGCACUGAAGGUCCAAUCGAAGAUCGAGAAUGCACCAUUAGAUAUCACAGAUGAGGAUGUUUUUACUGAUGUUCUGCAAGACUAUUUGUUUGGGGGGAAAGCCGUUAUGUUGAAGAUAGCGGCGCUUGUUGACGCUGAAAUUUCCACGGUCCUUGGGAAACUCGUCAUCAAAGACAUGCCUGCAGAGGGGGUCGUUCCUGUGAAACCUAUCUCUAAGGGCGGCGACAUUGCUGAUCUCAAGCCAAAGGUCAGCGGCCUUAGAGUCCUGAGCACUAGCACAACCUCCUUGAACCUCCAAGCACGCAUCAAUUUUACCAAUCCGACGGAAUAUACAGCACACAUCCCUUACUUCAACAUCCACAUUCUCAAUAACGGAUCCAUCAUCGGUGAUGCAACAGUCAGAAACGUCAAUUUAACUCUAGGCAAUAAUACCGACGUCCUGGUUGAGGCCACUUGGGAUCCAACCAGCUUUGGCGGAAAUAAAGCGGCUAAGAUAGGCCGCGAAUUGUUAUCGCAGUACAUUUCUGGCUUCAACACUACUCUGACUUUUCAAACACACGAAAACUCUAUUCCCCAUCAGCCAGAGCUAGGCAAAGCGCUCUCUAAAUUCGCAAUCACGUUACCUUCCCCCAGACUAUCAACACCUGGCCCAGGCGGCGAACAUGAUGAUGAUGACGAUGGCAAGCCUCAUUUCAUUGAGGACGCUACAUUCCAUUUGUUCUCCUCUAGUGCGCAGUUCAUACUCUUUUCGCCUAUGCAGUAUAGCACUAUCUACAUCGAAACAAUCGAUGCUACUGCUUUCUACAAUCACACUGAACCAGUGGGGAAGAUUAUCUAUGAUCUCCCAUUCAAGGUUCCCCCUGGAUCUAGCCAAACCCCGAAAUUGCCAGUGGAUUGGUCUUUCGGCUCUGUUGGCUAUGAAGCGGUUAAAAAUGCUCUUGGAGGCACUUUAAAACUAGACGCGAAUGGGACAUUUGGCGUUAGACUUGGGCAAUGGAGUGAGACGGUAUGGUAUAUCGGUUCAGGAAUUGGCGCUACUGUUACACUUUGA